AUGAGGACGACGGCAGCUUCAGUGCUGCGGAGGGCCGCGACGGGGACCACGAGCAGACGGACAUUCACCACGCAGAGCAGGUUGCAGGCGACGUAUGGCUUCAUUGGUCUUGGACGGAUGGGAUACCCCAUGGCCAAGAACCUCCGAACGAAGAUCCCAGAAUCCGACAAGCUGUACAUACACGAUGUCAACCCCGCCAUCCUCGAGCAGUUCGCCAAAGAGCACAAAGGCGUCACGAUAGCGAAGCAUGUGCGAGAAGUCGCUGAGAACUCGGACACAGUCCUCACCGUCCUCCCCGAACCCCACCAUGUCCAGAACGUCUUCCAGCAGAUGCUCAAACCCCCCACCCUGCUCUCCGACGCCCCAGUGACCAGCGAACGCCUCUUCAUCGACUGCUCCACCAUCGAUCCCCGCAGCUCCAAAGAAGUCGCCAACGCGACCCACUCCAGCGGCCAAGGCAAGUUCAUCGACGCGCCCAUGUCCGGCGGCGUCGUCGGUGCCUCAGCCGGAAAGCUCACCUUCAUGAUCGGUGCCCCGCAAGAGCUCGUGGACCGCGCAACAGAAGUCCUCAGCAUGAUGGGAAAGCGAGUAGUACACCUGGGCCCACAGACAAGUGGCCUGAAGGGCAAGCUGGCAAACAACUACCUCCUCGCCCUGAACAACAUUGCAACCUGCGAAGCCAUGAAUAUGGGCGUGAAAUGGGGCCUGGACGCAAAAGCAUUGGCAGACAUGAUUAAUACCGCGACAGGCAAGUGCUGGCCGAGUGAAGUCAACAAUCCUGUCCCGGGUGUGAUCGAGGGCUCGCCGGCGAGUAAGGGCUACGAAGGCGGGUUCGGGACUGCGUUGAUGUUGAAGGACUUGAAGUUGGCGAUGCAGGCUGCCAUGGAGGCGGAGAUUAUCCCCAGACUGGGAACGCAGGCGGCGGAUCUAUAUAAAGCUGUUGAGGGCGAUGAGUCGCUGAAGGGGAAGGAUUUCUCGGUGGUGUAUAGGUAUCUUGGCGGACAAGAUACUGAUAAGUUGGAGGGGAUUAAGGCAUAG